AUGUCUCCUGAUACCACUACUCCUCCGGAGACUCAGUCUCACGCAUUCGCUCCCCCCAUUGCCGAGGAUCAGGGCUCCCGAUUGUCUCACUCUACCUUCCCAACUUCUCUCUCACAGGGCGAGCAUCUCGCGUCCCUGGCCGGGCCUAUGAGGACACUCUCGACCAUGGACGAGGAGAGCUCCACCCGCUCUUCAAUCACGGCAGCACCGACUGAUAGCAGCACCACUCUUCCGGUCAAUGAACAAGACUACCGCCUCUACGGCUCGGAGCUCCGCCACAACUGUCUCGUCCCGGUCAAUGGACAAGAAGACUACGACGACGACGGCCACAGCACAAACAGCAACAACAACCGCCGCCGCUGCUACCGCCCCAGCUUCCUCGAAUGUCUCUCCUGGCGCCUCGGCGGGUGCCCUUCGCCGCUCCCGCGCGGCUGCACGCCGUCGCCCGCCCAGCUCGCCUACCAGGCACAGCCAAGGCGGCGGCGGAGGCGGAGGUGGCGGCGGCGGCGGAUGCUGCGGAAGCAGCGGCAGAUGCGGCGGACACCGCGGCGUUUGUACGAAGAAGAGAAGAAGAAGAAGAAGAAGAAGAAGAAGAAGAAGAAGAAGAAGAAGAAGAAGAAGAGGAAUGGAGGUGAUCGAUUGAACGAUCACGACGGGGGGGAUGGUGAUAUGGAGGAGGAUAGGUGGUGGGAGGUGUCCGGCGAGGCGAGCGACGCGGGGGGGGAGCCCCAAGGCGAGUAUGGCCGAGAAGGGAGCGAUGUGUUGAGGGUUCUUUUUGAGAAAACGAAAACAAGGUAA